AGUAUUCCAUCCCUGUCCACAAAUACUUCUUCCCCUUCAUCUUCCUCCUGGGGAUGUUCCUGUGGUCCCUGCUAGAGUACCUCAUCCAUCGCUUUGUCUUCCACAUGAAGCCACCUGCUAGUAACUACUAUCUCAUCACGCUGCACUUCUUGCUGCAUGGGCAGCACCACAAGUCUCCCUUCGACAGCUCCCGCCUGGUCUUCCCUCCCGUGCCGGCCUCCUUGGUCAUCGGCUUCUUCUACGGCGUCCUGCGGGUCAUGCUGCCCGAGGUGCUGGGGCUCUCCGUGUUCGUCGGCGGGCUCUGCGGCUACAUCGUCUACGACAUGAUGCACUAUUACCUCCACUACGGCUCGCCCAAAAAAGGCACCUACCUGUAUGGCCUGAAGGCUUACCACGUCAAGCACCACUUUGAACACCAAAAAGCAGGCUUUGGCAUCAGUACCCGCUUCUGGGAUCACCCCUUUGGGACGCUCAUCCCUGAGGAGACCUUCAAGAAAGAGGACUGA